AUGGCUCAUCCCGGUCCUGCCUCUCAUCAUGCUGAGCCGGGACCGUGCGACUGGCGCGGGGAUAGCCCAGAACCCCAAUUAGAUGAUCUUGCGCAUGCGGAACCUCGUCCCGUGGAGCCAGCCUCGGCACCUCCGAAGCAAAAGAAGCCCGAUACGGCCCCUCAUGGUCGUAAGCCAGCUCUCAAGGAGCCUGGGCCUGCCCCCCAGGAACCAAGGAAGAUCCCCUUGGUCGUGAAGCCCAAGACUCCCCCGAUGGAGAUUGUUCCCAUAUUACCACCGCCUACGCCCAAGGGCUUGGAGAGCUUUCCGACCCCCAACGUCCCACUUCUCCAUUCACCUGUGCCGAAGACGCUCGCCACUCCCGAAGGACCCCUUUGCGCGUACCAUGCGCGCCAGAAGUCUCCUCCGCCCACGCCCCCUCCAAAAUUAGUCGAAGAUCUGUCCCGAAAAGCCCGCAAGGCUAAAGAGCGUGAGGAGAAGGCGCGACUCAAGAAGGAGAAGAAGGAGCACAGGACCAAGGAGCGCGAGGAGAAGGAACGGCUAAGAAAGGAAAAGAAGGAGAAGAAGGCGGCAGACAAGGCACGCAAAGCCAAGGAAAGGGCUGAGCGAAAGGCGAAGGAGAAGGAGGCCAAGGCGGCCAAGGACGCGUGA